AUGUCUGCCCACUCUAUCCGCAUCUAUCCUUCUAGCCCCCAUCUUAAUCCCACCCCAACCCCCUCCUACCUGCACGUUCAGCUUCUGGAGUAUUGUCCAAGGGAUCUGCAGUCUGAGCUCCGCAAGCAUCCCGCCGGACUGCCCUCCAGGAACGUCAAGCUGCUCGCCUGGGAACUGCUGCAAGCGCUCCGCUUCAUGCAUUCCAAGAAGAUUCUUCACAGAGACCUCAAGCCCGCCAACCUGCUACUCAGUACAGAAGGGGUGCUGAAGGUCUGCGAUUUUGGCCUAGCACGCUCCGGCCCCCUACAGAAUCCGCGCAUAGGCAACCCUGGUGAUGCACUCAGCAGCUACGUUGUCACUCGAUGGUAUCGUGCGCCGGAGAUACUGCUUAAUAAGCCGUACGGUACGGCAUCUGAUAUCUGGUCCGCUGGAUGCGUCAUCGCGGAGAUGGCCUUAGGUGCUCCGCUAAUCCCUGGGAGUUCCAGCGUUGACCAGAUUUUCCAGAUCUGGCGGUUGUUGGGGAGCUUGCAGCAACCCAGCUGCCGGCACGGCAUGUUGGCUGCCGGUGCGCCGUCACCACUGGCGCGCAGGACGUCGUCCCUUCAAACCCGACUGGGAACACAUUUGGGCACACAGCUCUUAGAUUUGCUGGAAGCUGCAUUGCGGACUAAUCCGCACGAGCGAGCCACUGCUGAGGAGUUGCUGUGCAUGCCGUACUUCAAGGAGAUU